CGCUUCUUCAGUGUUCAUCCAUCCUUCUAUCUCCCGUUUGCAAGCACCAAAUCUUCUCUUCCCUUCCAUUAGAUCUGGUAGUGCAUCGGGCCUCCAUUUCAGAUCUGAGGUCAUUCUAUUCUUCAUCGUACAUCAAUCUCAUCACUGGAGUCUUUACAGAUCCAUUUCAAGACCAGAGCUGGGAGUAGGGAUUUGGGGUUUUUUGUACGAUAGAGGGAAAUGAAAGAACCCGAUUCUACUACAGAUCCGAUCGGGCAGAACUUGAUAAAGCUUAUAAGCAAUGUCUGUUUCUCAGUAUUUGUUUUUACUGUACUUGUAAUUACUGUAAUCGCCAUCACAUACCAACCGCCUGAUCCAUGGGAAUCUUCGAGAGCCCUAACUAGGGCUUUUACGAAGGUGGAGAAUGCCACCUUCCAGACGGAUACCUCAGUUCUCAAAACCGGGGAAGACAUUGGGAUGGUUGUCGUCCCAGCUGCAGCACCUACUGAGGCUGAUCUCGAGGCAAGUGACUCGCAAAACGACCCAGUGAUUGAUAAAUCAGAAGAGAAAAGUACGAAUAUGAGCUUGAGCUCUGGCACUUGUGAUGAUUCGAAAUUGGUGAAUUGUUCUGAUCGGGGGGUUUUGAUGACCAUCAAGAAGUUCAAUUUAAAGCGUUUUAAGUCUAUAGUGUUUCUAGAAUAUCAACCACCAGUGAAUGGGUCGAAUCCGAAUGAAUGUGAUGUGUCAUGGAGAUUCCGGAAUAGGAAAGAGAAGUCUUGGAGGAGGUAUAGAGAUUUUCGGAGGUUUAAGAUUGGAUACACUGAUAGUUGUACUUACAAAGUGGUAUGGGCAAGGGGUUGGCAUUCGGGUGUCAAUGCCCGCCGUCCUAGGAGUAGAUUUAAUGGCACUAGAAGCGGUGAGAGACCUAAGAUUUCACCAUCUUUCCAUGAUGAUGAGAUCAACGAUACGAUCCCAGUGAUGGAUUCAGAUCCAGCUUUUAGGAACGGAAAAUAUUUGUAUUAUUCACGAGGAGGGGAUUACUGCAAGAAUAUGAAUCAUUACAUUUGGAGCUUCUUGUGUGCUCUUGGGGAGGCACAGUAUUUGAAUCGUACAUUCGUAAUGGAUUUGAGUAUUUGCUUGGCUGGAGCAUAUACCUCAAGUAAAAAAGACGAAGAAGGAAAGGAUUUUAGGUUCUAUUUUGAUUUUGAGCAUUUGAAAGAGACAGCUCCAAUAGUGGAGGAGGAAGAGUUCCUUAAAGAUUGGAGAAGAUGGGAGAAGAACCACAAAAGGAAAAUCCCAGUGAGAAAGGUUCCAACUUAUAAAGUCACACCGAUGCAAUUAAAGAAAGAUAAGAGUACAGUCAUCUGGCGGCAGUUUGAUACCCCCGAGCCAGAGAAUUAUUGGUACAGGGUUUGCGAAAGUCGGGCGGCAAACUAUGUUCAGAGGCCAUGGCAUGCGCUGUGGAAGUCCAAGAGACUCAUGAACAUAGUUUCUGAGAUCAGUGGGCAAAUGGACUGGGAUUUUGAUGCUGUACAUGUGGUUCGAGGAGAAAAGGCGCAAAACAAAGAGAUGUGGCCUCAUCUUGACGAUGAUACAUCUCCCGAUGCCUUGCUUGCAAAGCUUCAGGGUAUUAUUCAGCCAUGGAGGAAUCUUUAUAUUGCCACUAACGAACUGUUCUAUAAUUACUUUGACAGAUUAAGAUCUCAUUAUAAGGUUCAUUUGCUCGAUGAUUAUAAGGAAUUAUGGGGAAAUACAAGUGAAUGGUACAAUGAGACAACCCUUUUAAAUGGUGGGCAUCCUGUUGAGUUUGAUGGAUAUAUGCGGGUUGCGGUAGACACUGAGGUACUUUACAGGGCAAAGACACAAGUCGAGACGUUCUACAAUUUGACCAGCGACUGCAAGGAUGGUAUAAACACAUGCUGAUCAG